AGCUGAAAAAAAACAAAAAACCGGAAGAAAAACAAGAUCAAUAAGAAAAGGAAGGAUCCAACUAAGACCAACCAAUCCAACAGUUUUCAAACAAACAAACUUUAUAGGUACAAUUUUAUUGUUUUGUAUUUUACUGUUGAAUAUGCGGUGGAGUGAAAAAGAAACAUUAGAGUUCGUGAAGAUUUAUCUCCGCCAUCAAUGUUUAUGGAAUCCAGAUGAUGAUAACUACAAACUACGAUUUCGACGCCAAAAGGCCUUCUCUGACAUCGUAGCUGAACUGAAAGUUACCACUGGCAUAGCCCUCGAUGAAUCAGAAGUAAAAAUAAAAAUAAAGAACCUCCGUUCUACUUACGCUCAAGAAUUGGCAAAAAUUCGGCUCAGAUCUAGUUCAGAUUCAAUAUACAAGCCGACCAUCAAAUGGUUUUCUGAGUGGCAUAAAUGUUUUAAUGGCAUAAUAAAGCGACGGAGUUUUCCAAACAUAGAAGGCGACGCCCAAGAACAAGAUGAUGAAAUAUGGAUAUUGCAACAAUCUGAUAAUGAAAAUGAAGGCACUGAGGACAUCGACCCUUUUGUAACACAAACUGAUGAAGCUUAUCAUCAGAUUUUCAAAAAUGAGUCAAAAGACUCUCAUAUGCAGUCAUAUAAACAGAAAAAGAAAUUGAGACAUGAAAAUAUUAGUGCAGAUAAUUCAGAUAUAUCUUAUAGAAGUAGCACAGAAUCUGAUGCACACUUGAGUGAGGAUGAAUUCGAUAUUUAUGGCAAAUAUAUUGCUUCACAAUUAAGAAAUAUGGAUUUGCAGAAAGCUUUAAGAGUACAAUUAGAAAUACAAAAUAUUGUUAGUCAAGCUAGGAUAUCAAGUUUAAAUGGAUUUUAAAAUAUCAGUUUAAUUAAUAUUUAUAUAUUGAACAAUGGACUGGCAGUUUUUAGUCACUUCACUGAUAUUAACUCUUCGAUCCUAGAGAUAAUAAAAACUAUUGGAUAACAGUAGGAUCACGGUCUGAUCUGGCCGCAUGUGAACUAUAAGGUUAAUUUAUAAAUUUAACUUCAUAUGUAGGGAUGAACUGUGGGGUUGUUUAUUAACCAAUGUUGACUAAAUAUUAAUUAAAUAUUUUUAUGCUUUUAAACUUAGCAACUUGAGGCUUUUGCCCACCCCAGUUGGACAUGUUAUAGCUAUUUAAAAAAAAACUUAGCUACAGAUUUUUCAGUAUCUUUCAAAAUCCUGCAUAACACACGGCUAAUUCUGCACUACAUAUUUCAAUGUACUAAUCAACUAAAGGACACUAUGUGAUGAUGUAAACUUAAGUUGACAUCAACAUUUUAUAAAAUGUUACAUAUUAAGUGUUAAGUAUCUAACAUUUUAUAACAUGCUGUCUGGGAGCAACUUUAGAUUAUUUUAUGUAACAUUUAAUGAAGAAAUUAUAAUUGUUAAAACUUUGGUGAAUCAGUUUUUGUAGAUAAGUGUUAUAACCAUAGUGAAAAUGUAACAAAAUAAUAGAAACAGUAGCUUUACUAUUA